GAAAAGAACGAAAUUAAUACGUAUUAAAUUAGAAAAAAAAAAUUAAAUGUAAAAAUAAAUUUGAAAAAUGAAUAAUCUAGUAAUUCCUCCUUCUGCCAAUUGGUACGAAACUUUAAUUUUAGCAUGUGCACCUGAUAAUACGUUGAUAUACGGUUCAAGAAAUGAUAUCGUAAUAAUAUACGAUUCCCCAGAUGACCAACCAUCAGACGUCAAGAUAAUACACAGGGCCCAUUCGCAAAAAAUUAUAUCCACAAACAUAAACAGAAAUUGGGGACAACCCCAUAAGCUAUUGGUGACUGUCGCAGAGGACAAUGUUGUUAAAUUAUGGGAUAUAGAGACAAGAAAAAAGAAACUUGGUCAUAAUGCACAUGUAAAUGUUGGACACGCGAAGGUGAUUGGGGCCACAUUUGCUGGCGACGACAGAGUCAUAAGUGCUUCCGAAGAUGGAAUAAUUAUCGUUUGGAAUAUAACCCAGAACCAAACUAACGUUUUGAAAGAAGUUUUCGGAUCGAAAGUGACUAUUACCUGCAUAUCAACAUGCCCACACGCAAUCUGGCUAACGGCAUUUGGACUAAAAAAUGGUUUAGUCAUCGUAACUGACCUACGAAAACAAGGAAAGGUUCUUUAUAAACUCAGAGGGCACGAUAAAUCCGUGUUGUGUCUGUCGUGGUGUCCCGCACCCGUUAAUAUAUUCCCGAAGGACCCCCGUAAUUACGUAGGUUUAAAAAAUCCAAGUGGAAGUGUCAUCGAACGAAGUCGCGAAAAGAAAGAUGCGGGUUCGGAAGGCGAAACGGAUAAAAUUUUAGAAAUAAAAUCUAAAGUGGUUAUCGAAGAAAGUCCUGAAAAAAAAGAUAUGGCUUCUCCUGAAGGCAAGGCGGAUCAAAUUUUGGAAGCCAGUCCUAAAGAAUCAGUGGAGCAAGUAAGUGAAAACGUCAAAUCCGAUAAGGUUAAUAAAAGGAACAUUUGGUCCAAUUUGAAGCAUGCCGAUGACGAUGAACUUGGAGUUUCGAGUCAAGAGAACAAUCAUCCUCUACUUAGAGACGUCUCGAAUGUUGACGAUUUUCUGAAAGAAUGUCAAAAUUUAAGGAACGUAAUUAUAGGACGUGCUGUGCCUGAAGCGACUGAUGAAAAAUGCGACGGGGAGAAGGAAAGGGUAAUUAUCAAAGCGAAGAGAAAGCAAGAUAAAACCAGGGAAACUCGACAGAACUUAGAAGAUCAAGCAGGAUCUUCCACAAAUACCAAGAAUGAAACUGACGAAAUUAACGAUGUUUUGGAAACAUUUGAGAAAGAAUUGGACAAGUUAGGGAGUAAAAGCGAAGCUGAUGACUUACCGACCGAUGAAGGUGCCGAAGAAGUGAAGCCACAAUCGUCUUCAGACGAAACUAACGUAGAAGAAUCAAAAGAUAGUAUUAAAGGCACUGAAAGUGCAGAAUCUCCUGGAGUUGACUCUGAUAAAGUCGGCCUAGAAGCAGUUGAAGGAAAGAUAAAUGAUGAAAAAAUUGAUAUAGCACAGGAUAACGUGACGUGCGGCGAAGCCAAAAGAGAAAUACCUGUAAACGUACCUGUAGAAGAAGAACCGCGAAGGGAGUUCCUGCUUGCUUCGUCUGGGAAGGAAGGAAACAUAUACAUUUGGAGGGCAGGCACCGACGGCAGAAUGCAGACAUUCCUGAACGUCCCGCACAAAACAGGUCAUCGUAAGUCCGGCAAAUCCAGCUCCGACAAACUGUGGAUCGUUUUGUGCUGGAUCAGCCCCACGGUACUUCUCUCUUCCUCCAAAUCCGCCGAGCUUAUGAAGUGGACGUUACCAAAACCGAAAGACAAAAAGAAGCAGUUUAGCGUCCUCCACUGCGACCACAACUCUAUGCUGUUCAGCAUUGCUGCCCCGAUUGUGUUUUUAAACGAGCACAAUUGGCUGGAUGAAAGAAAAAUGAAUGUGUGGACUGUCGGGCACGAUCGGCUGUUGCUCAACACUGACUUAACGAGCGAAAGGAAGAACUUGGCGUGCUAUCCUACCUUGGGGAACGCUGAGUGCCUCGCUUUGUCUCCGGUCGAUCCAAACAGAUUAGCGAUCGGUACGGCAGAGGGUGUAAUAAAAAUCUGGGACCUGAGUCGUCCUAACGUAAAGAACAUCGUAAUGACGAGUUUCUUUCAGAAAAUACAGAGCAAGGUCGUUACGCUGGCUUGGCACCCGACUAACGAGUUGAUUUUAGCAUACGGAACGUCCGAGGGAAGGAUAGGCUUCUUGGAUACGAGUAACAAAUCGAAAACGCCCACGGUCCCGCCGAAUUAUUUUAAAUCGCGGAUACACAAGCUAGAAUGGGGCCCUAUAAAUGGCAAUAAAGAGGAUUUAGGGUUGUUUGCGGUAGCGGAGGGGAAACUUGUUAUAUACAGUGUGAAAAAGUCAGAAAAAGGUCCUACGGAAGUGGACGUUCCAGACGACACCUUCAUGUACACCUUUGCCUGGAAACCCGAUUACACGAUGCUUGUCGUCGGCACGAAUUCAGGCACGGUCGUUUUGUAUUCGCCUGACUUAAAGAUACUGUCGACUCAUUACUUCCAACACAGACUGAACGACAUUUAUUGGCAUCCGGACGCAGCGCAAAGCGACCCAAACGCCUCGGAGCGUUGUUACAGGUUCGCGGCGAUUUCCAACUCGAAAGACGUAAUCGUUUGCAACUUUCAACGGGAUAUAGCGGACGGGGAGAAAAUCGUGCUGAAAUACGAACAAUCUGAUGAAAUAAUUAACUUCGUUUCUUGGAGUCCUUAUGCGUCGGAUGAAUUGGUCAUCGCUGGCGACGACGGGACGGCUCAGGUGUGGAACGUAGAGGGUAAUACCGUUACUUCAACUUACACGAGUCCGAAUUUCGAAGGGAUUUUGUCUUCGAUUUGGAGUCCGAUCGACUCCGAUUAUAUUAUAUCUGCUGUGAAAGACCACACGAUUAGAGUCUGGAGGAUUUCGGACCAUCCCCGACAAGAAGAUAAAGAAAUUAAAGAGUUAAGGAAGAAAAUCAUCAAGGAGAUUACGAAGGAGCAGAUGGACCUGUUACCGAAAGCAGAAAAACCGCAGGAAGAGCCCACUCCGAAGAAUAAAGCGACGAAAAACAACCUCCUGCCGAACUUCUUCUACCCGAAAGACACCCCACAAGUCAUAGACGACCUUAAAAAACUGUUCUUGUGGAAGGAAGGCUCGCACAAUGUAGAAGCGGGAGGCGGCGAUAAUAAUUGCAAUAUUUUGAAGGUGUUCGGGUCGAAGAGCGACAUGUUGGACGUAAUUGAGCGAAACGACACCGCUCAUCGAGAAAAAGGAAAAUUUAGUUUGAGCAAUACCCUGUCGCUCUUCAAGGGCGAUAUCGGCAGUAAAAUUAAAAAGGCGGUCGACGAGAAGAGGGUUAAUCCUUGGAUGAUCACGAUGGCGCCCAUGGUAUCGCCCAAACUUUGGCAGUCGGCUUGUGAAGUGUACGCCCACCAACUAUCAGAAACGGCCGACUCGGAUCCAGUGGAAAUAGCGACCUACUACCUAGCCUGUCACAAGGUGGAAGAGGCCAUCGACGCGUUAUGUGAGGGCGCGAUGUACCGCGAGGCCCUAGUCCUAGCUAAGUGCCGUUUACCGGAAGACGACUCCACCAUAACGAACGUCAUGAACAGGUGGGCGAAGUAUUCCGUCAUCGUCGGAAAUUUCGAAGCGGCAGCGCAGUGUUACAUUUGUUUGAAAAAAUACGAGGACGCGGCUUCGGUGCUGUUUAGGAGAUCCGACGUGAAGACUUUGAAAUUCGCCACGGAACUGGCGGAGAAAUCGGGAAAUGAGGAGUUGCACAAAGCCGUCCUCUUCAGGUACAACGCGUAUAGGGAGGAGAACGGCACGGAGGAGAAGGAAUUGCCGAGUAAACUCGACGCUGUUUUGAAAAGUCAUCUAGAAAACGGUGGCGAAGAUAAGAAGGCGGUUGUAGAAGAAACGGUGGAUUCGCAUGAUGUCGAUGGUGGUGUCGUAGAAAUUCAAAGUGGAGAAAAGGCUUGUCUUGAGGACGAUAAAAUAGAGGGACGUGUGGACGAGGAAAAAGUUUUAAAUAAGGGAGAAAAUGGAGGAGACGUGGAGGCGACAGAUAAUCCCACGGGAGAAAUAGUGCCGACGGAUAACGUUCAGUAACAUGUAUGGCUGGAAUUUAUGAUAUAA